UGUUCCUCCCGCUGAGCGCAGAGGAGGCACAGGAACGGCUCCAGGGUGCAGCGGCUGUUCCAGAGACCCCCAAGCACUCGGAGGAGCCGUGGAGGGCUGGGGCUCCUCACGGAGGGUGAUCUGGGCUGCUCAGAGGGGGCUCGGGACAUUGCAGGGGAGAACAAGAGCACCCCUGCUUUUCUGUGUGCUGAGAUCUUUACCUGGGGUUGGGGAAGGAUUUGUACAUGCAGGCGUCAGCUGUGCUUGCUGAGGAGCUGGCAGAGAGGCAGUGCAGCCUGAGGGGCUCAGCUCACCCAGCCGAUGGGAAAGCAAGACAAACCAAGGUGCAGCAGAUGAAGGAGAGGCAGCAAGGUCAGCUGGUGGAGACAGCAGUGUCGUUGCUUUGAGCUACCCCAGCCUCCAUCUCCAUGCAUACAGUGUCGAGAGCAUGACAACAUUUCCAAAUGGUUGUGGAAAUGGCACCACCGUUACUUGUAUAGUUAUGGAGAAUAAAGAGCCCCACAACCAAACUACAUGUGUCAGUCAUAAUGGGGGGUACAGCACCAGCAACAGUCAUGAGCAGGAAAUUCAAGAGGAUAAACUCAGUCCUUCCAAAAUCAUGCGCUUUUUCACCACCCCUCGGAAACGGGCGAACUCCAGUUCUGACAGGCCUCGCUCUCUGGUUUUGAUGGGCAACACAGCUACAUGGAAUGCUUUGUCUUCCAUCAGAAAAAUGGGAUCUUUCAAGAAGCUGAAAUCUUCAGUUCUCCAAGGAAUUCAAACAAGGGAAUGCUCAGACAUGUUAAAUGAGAAUGGCAUUGGCAAACAGGGUUCAAACGGGACAGUGGUGCGAGUUCAGACUAACAGGUAUUCUUAUUCGGGGCCUCUACAGGAUUUCCAGAAUGAGGUGGAUGGUUUAGGUUCUGACUGCUCUGAUGCGGAGGAGUGUGACGAGUCUUUCCUGAGGAACACUCACCGCUCACGCAGCAUUCGGCGGGCUUAUGGUGCUGGCCGCAUAAACUUGCUAGACACGGAUAAAGUUGAGAGUCAUCACAACUGUACAAGGCCCAUGUCGCCUGUUAUUGCAGAGCCAAAGAUCUGUGAAAUCUUGGUGAAAGACUCUGAAAACAAUAGGGUCAUUUAUCGGAGAAGCAAAAGUUCGGAUAACUUGAACUUCCUGAAAAAAAGCUCAUUCAAACGGAAGUCCACCUCAAACCUUACCGACCUCAAGGUACCAAAUGACAAACAGAUGCCAACCAGGACUGUGAGUGAUACUUCUGCUGACUCGGACAAAACCGGUGGGAACCUCGAGAGGAGAUCCAAGCGGUGGAAGAGCCCUAUCAGGGCAAAGGAUUUUGACCGAGUUUUGAAACUGGUCAGUAACGUUACAGAUGUCGCAUGGAAGAAGGAUGGCCCUAAGAACAUGGCUCCUUCUCCCACCGAGCAGCCCCAGAGAACAAGGUCGAACAGCAGACUGCAUGAUGACUAUUCCCGCAGGGUUUCCAGCAGCACGGAUCAUGACAGAAAGAGAUGCACCUCCCCGGUAUCUAGUCCAGACACUUCCUUGCCUGCAACACCUUGUCUGCAAAGCCCUGCAGUUGCUCAGGAUAGGAAGGUUGAAAUGAAUGUAGCUGUUUCUGAAGAUAAAAGCCUCGGGACGUCAUCAGAUAUCCCAGACUCUGACAGCUUAUCACCCACGCUGAAUGACAUUGGUCCAUUUCCCAAUGAAGUGUUCUAUUCAGACUCGGAUGAACCAAAAGCUACCCAGCAGUUUACAUACGAAGCUGAAAACACUCAUGCUCCAGUCAGGCCAACUACUCCAAAGCCUCAAAGUCCUCCUGCAGAGAAGAUCAAGCACAAUAUGAAUUUCCAGUGUCCAAACCAUCACAGCACAUUGUCACUGAGCUCAUCAGAGAGCGAGGAGAGAGUUGAGGUACCUGGGCUGAAGCUGGGCAGGAACCCUGUUUGCUUCCAGGACUUGGUGCAAACUGUGUACUAUGAUGAUGGAAAUGAAGACAGCGGCAUAAGCAGCCACUCACAGUUGAGCCUCAAUGUAACCUCUGGUGCUGAAGAGAAAAAGGAAGAGGUUGUUUCUGAUGAACACUGGAAGAGGUCCUCAUCCCAGGAUGAAGAGAAGGCAGACACACAAAAGGUCACACCCAGGAGAUGGGGCUCUGGAAAAAGAUCUCGGCCCAGGCCUCUCUCAGACUAUGGCCAAAUGUCGAUCAGAAGUUUCUCUAUACCAGAAGAUACAGUUGCAGUGGAGUCUCAGAUGACAGACUGUACAGAUGGAGAAAAUCAGCCAGGACUGGCUCCCGCUGGGUCUGCAAUCCAAAGCAAUACAGUAGGCUACCACAGAGGGAGAAAAAGAAGACCCAUCUCCGUCAUAGGUGGGGUCAAUUUCUAUGGAAGCGGUCCAGCAGAAGAGAUAGAAGGUCUGCUGACACAACCCGUAACACGGCCACCCGUUCCAGCGCACCAGGUACCCCCUUACAAAGCUGUUUCAGCAAGGUUCCGGCCGCUCACCUUUUCACAAAGUACCCCAAUUGGCCUGGAUAGGGUUGGGCGGAGGCGGCAGAUGAGAACAUCUAAUGUUGCUGCAGAUGGUGGGACUGAAUCUUCAGCCUUAGUGGAUGACAAUGGCAGUGAGGAAGAUUACAGUUAUGAGGAGCUCUGCCAAGCCACUCCCAGGUACCUGCAGCCCGGAGGGGAACAGCUAGCAAUUAAUGAGCUAAUAAGCGAUGGCAGUAUUGUCUAUGCAGAAGCCCUUUGGGACCAUGUGACUAUGGAUGAUCAAGAGCUGGGCUUCAAAGCUGGAGAUGUCAUUAGAGUUCUAGAAGCUUCCAACAAAGACUGGUGGUGGGGAAGAAAUGAGGAUAAGGAAGCCUGGUUUCCAGCGAGCUUUGUCAGGCUGCGAGUUAAUCAGGAAGAAGUGCCAGAAAAUGGGAGUAGUAUUCAGGAUGAAGAACAAGAUGCAGAUACUAGCAAGCAUCGCCAGAAAGCAGCUGAAAACAAGGAUCAGAUGAGAACCAAUGUUAUACAGGAAAUUAUGAACACAGAACGAGUCUAUAUCAAGCAUCUCAAGGACAUCUGUGAGGGUUAUAUUCGUCAGUGUCGCAAACAUACAGGAAUGUUCACCACAGCUCAGCUAAGCACCAUUUUUGGAAAUAUCGAAGAUAUUUACAAGUUCCAAAGGAAGUUUCUGAAGGAUCUUGAGAAACAGUACAACAAAGAGGAACCUCAUCUAAGCAAAAUAGGGUCAUGUUUUCUUCAACAUCAAGAAGGCUUUGCAAUUUAUUCGGAGUACUGUAACAAUCAUCCCAGUGCCUGCGCUGAACUUUCCAACCUAAUGAAACAGGGCAAAUACCGUCACUUCUUUGAGGCUUGUCGCUUGCUUCAGCAGAUGAUUGACAUUGCCAUUGAUGGUUUUCUUCUCACGCCUGUUCAGAAAAUCUGCAAAUACCCCCUGCAGCUUGCAGAAUUACUCAAAUACACCACACAGGAGCACAGUGAUUAUAACAACAUAAAAGCUGCAUAUGAGGCUAUGAAGAAUGUAGCGUGCCUGAUCAAUGAGCGAAAACGCAGACUAGAAAGCAUAGACAAGAUUGCAUGUUGGCAGGUCUCUAUCGUAGGCUGGGAGGGACCAGAUGUGUUAGCCAGAAGCUCAGAACUGAUCCACUCGGGAGAACUGACCAAAAUAUCAAAGCAAGGCAAAAGCCAGCAGAGGACUUUCUUCCUUUUUGACCAUCAGCUUGUGUUCUGUAAGAAGGACUUACUGAGAAGGGACAUCUUGUAUUAUAAGGAUCGUAUUGACAUGGAUGAGAUGGAAAUUAUGGACACUGAAGAUGGCAGAGACAAAGACUUUAACAUUAAUGUCAAGAAUGCUUUUAAGAUAAUAAACAGAGCAACAGAAGAAAUUCAUUUGUUCUGUGCAAAAAAACAGGAGGAUAAAAAGAAAUGGAUGGAGGCCUGCAAGAAUGAAAGGAGAAGGGUUCAGGAAGACAAGGAAAUGGGAAUGGAAAUCUCAGAAAACCAGAAGGUACAAGCCAUGCAGAAUGCCCGUAAGUCAAGACAUGGAAAGAUUAAAGGUGUAAGCUAUAACGGCUGUCCUGUGCCUCCUCCACACCAAAGCCUGCAUCCUAUUCAUCAGCGCCACAUCACUGUGCCUACCAGCAUCCCACAGCAGCAGGUUUUUGCCCUGGCGGAACCCAAGCGGAAGCCGUCCCUCUUCUGGCAUACCUUCAACAAACUCACCCCCUUUAAAAAGUGAGAGGCCAAGGACCUGGGAAGGACAUCAGCAUGGUGGGAGACUUACUCCAGAGAAGGACCUUGGAGAAGUGGUGGAGCUUAUUUGAGCUCAGUGACUCUCCAGUUAUGAAGGCAAAACCUUGGCCUCCCUUGAGCCAGAAAUGCAGCCUUUGGCUAGAAGAAGAAUGAAGUUUCUUAAGACAGCUCUGAAGUCAAUGUUGCCAAGUGCCAUCAUUGCUGAUGAAGAGCAGUCUCCCUUCUGACAGAGACAACUUGUUGUCACUCUGAAGCAGCAGUAUUUGAUCUUUGUUUCUUAGUUAUGUUGAAGUAGCGAUGGAAUAAUUCAGGUCUUUGUAACAUUUCAUUUUUCUUAACCUUGUGUUGAUGGCCAAAUUUAGGAUAGGGAGGAAUUUUUCCUUAGUGGUGUAUAAGCAAGGAAUCUUAGGAGAGUUUUCUCCUUCCUUUUGGAGCACUGAGGUGAGACCACCUAUUAAAAUCAGGUGGAGACAUCCCAUGCAAUUAACCAGCCAUUGCAGAAUUCAGCGCACCCUAAUCCUUGCUGUCUUUUUCUAUUAAAUUGCCAGAUGGCAGGAGAACAUCCCGCAAGGCCUUACCAUAUUCCAGAUUGGAACAGGGAAAUUUUAUUCUGUCAUAUAGAAACAUGAACAGAGUGUGAAAUCAGCUAUAAAGAUAUGUGUGCAUUUAUUGCACAGAAGUGGAAACAAGAGGAGCCCAGGGCAUCUCAGAAUGAUUAAUUUCAGUCAUAGCAAUAUACUACAUGCAUGUAAGCUCUUCAGAAUGGAGCUUUUAUAUCACUUUUUGCGCACUUCUUUGCCUGGGAGAUUCUUCUUUAUAUUUCCAACAUGCUUAUUUCUCUGUGUAAAAAGUAUUUUUUUUGUUUUCUAACAAAGAAAAUGUGAAUGUACAAAGUCAAGAGUUGAGACAGUACAUGCUGACUGCUGGCUAUGUUACAUAGUUCUCACACUUUAUAUUCAUAUAGCUUGACUUAGAAAGUGGAUAAGUAGUAAUGUAAAUAUAUCGAAGCAGUCUGGAUUCAUGCUCUUUAUACACAGUCAGUUGACAAUGGGUUUUGACCAAUUCUCUUCACAAAGAAAGAUAAAUCCUCACUGGAGGAGACAGAGAAACUCUGUGGACCAAAGGCAGAUUUUUGUCUCAGAGUCUCUAUUGGAAGGGGAGAACCUGACUAAGAUUGAUUAAAGUCAGCUCUGGCCAGCAUAUGCAAUACAUGAUUUGCAUUGCUAUGAUUUGCCUAUGACAUGAAGUUGAUUUGGGAGAAUAACAUCUAAAAAGGCACCAGGAAGAAUCAGGAUCUUGGUAUUUUCCAGCACUGAUCGUUUCUGCUUUGAUAGCUCCCGUUAAGAAUGACAAGACUGCUGGUGAUAUGCAAGGAAAGAAAGACUGUAUUUUUCGGAACUGAUUUGCUAUGAAUGUCUUUACAAUGCUUUAUCCUAUGCUGCUGAUUAAGGGCAUUAUAUGAUGAUAAGGAUAGAUCCAAGGGUAUUCUUUGACAACGGACACAAUCAGCUUUGUCAUGAAUCUGUAAUAUAUGAAGAACAAACAAGGGGCUAGAGGCCAGGCAUCUUAACAGCAAUGUAAAAAGGCCUUAUUUUAAACAUGUAUUUGUUCCUACUACUAUUGUUACCUCUAUUUCUUUUUUUAUUGUCAGUGUUGUAAAGCCCACUAGUCAUUAGAUUUUGUGAUUUAAUAACUUUGUGGCAACUUCUGCAAAGCCCAGGUUUGUGGUUUCGAUUUUAAAAUACAUCUUUUGACAACUGUACAUUUCAAAUGCCUUGUGUACAUAGGUCAGCAAUAAUGCAAAGUCUGGAUUGCUCAGCUGGAUUGUUCACUACAUAAUGAACUUCCUUGCUUUUGCCUUCCCACAGUGAUACAAGAUGACCUGAAACAGUUAAGAACAAGCUAUUUCUGUUCAGAUUUUUUUUUAAAGAUAAUUCUAAAUGCUCAUUUAAACAUACAGAGCAGACUUCCAAAUGCAAGCAUGGAUGCAUGCCCUUUCCCUUAAAUGAGUAACCCUUUUGUGUUUCUUGCAUAGCCAUUUUUGUGGCUGUAUACCACAUUCAGGCCUGCGAACCAAAGCAAUGCAUGUACUGUGGAAGUGGAGAUUAUGUUUUUCAUAAUCACAUUUCAAAAGACUUUUUCUAGAUGCAAAAAGGAAGUGUCUGAAGUUGGAUUGCAGUGCUCACCCAAACUUUCCCAACCAGACAAGAGGUUGUUAGGAGAUCCACACUUACUUACAUAUGUUUCCUUGCUAAAACUUACUUCUUUCCAUGCUUUCUGUCUGUGGACUGCUGGAGAAAAAAGGUAUUUGGAUGUAUCUUCUGACACGUCAGUGCCCAUUGAGGGUCUUCCCACAUACUAGUGCUGGUGCCUUAGCCCUAAAAAUGAACAGAAAUGUUUGCAUAUGGUUUUGGAUGCAGCAGUUUUUUUCUCAAGACUCAAAUGUCAGAAAUAAAAAAAAGCAAAUGUUUCAUGGUGCAGAUUACUCAGGAAAGUUUUACAUAUAGUGCCCUACGUAAAGGCAUGGUGGUUUUAUAAUACUCUGUAUCUGUCUUGGCAAUAGAUUAAGAUAAAAUAUAACAAGACAGACCAAAUUCAGACCACACCAUAAUCUUUUAAACAAAUUAUAGUUAAAGGAAAACACAUGAUUACAUUAUCCAACAAUUAAGACAAAUAUUUACUUAGGGUUCAGCCUGACUUUAGAGUCUGUGGGAAAAAGAGCUGCAGCUACUAAAAUGUUCGUAUUCUAGCAGCUCUUGUCCUGAUUCUCCUUCUAAUGACAAAACUUAUAUAUGAUCAGAAAGGUAUGACAGCAACUUCUUCUCUUUUGCAUGAUUUAAGUUACCAUAAAAAGUUCUAGGGGAACUACUAAGCAUAUUUGUGCCUCAUUUAGAUAAAGCAUGGCCAGAGCCUUCCUGACGGCCUGCUGAGCAGAUAACCUCAGACUUUGUGCAUAAGAUGCAGUAAAAUAUAAUUGUCCUCAAAUGUGUUCCCACUGAGUUAGGAAAAUGCCAAACCAUAAUUGCACCUAACUCAAAGCAUUUGAUGUAUAAAAUAAUAAGAUUGUUUUACAAGUGGCUCUUGCCAUGCUAAAUUUCACAUUGAGUUUUAGUGGUCAGUGUAAUAAUGGAGUUCAAAGACAGACUACUCAAAUGUUCCACAGUUUAGUUGUCUUUUGAAGAUAAUUAUAACAGAGUUUUGGAGCCAAAGGUCUUCAUCCAUAGCUAACACAGUACCUUUCUUUGACUGCCUUUCUGCUUUCUUUUCUAUACUUGUGGCAUUUGUAUGUAGGAGAUGCCUUCUGAACGAUCUCUAAUUUAAAACUGUUUGUUGUAAAUACUAGGGAUGACAUUCAUAUAUAUAUUUUUUUUUAUAAGUAUUUUGUAACAUUUUAUCUUGCAUAAAUGGCUUUGUGCAUCUUACCAUCUGUGUGCUGUUACACAUGUUGUAAGUGAAUUGUCCUGGCUACAGAGCAGAUGAAUUGGCUGUUGACAGCUGAAGUACAAUGUGUAGGACUCCAGUAGUUUGAUGUACAUUUGUUCAGAAGUAAUCGCAUUACAAGGUUUAUUUACUCUUGGAACAUUGUUUGACAAAUGAAUCUAUUUUCUGGAAAUAAGUACAAACUUACAUUCCCAUUAUUUUUCUCUUAUUGUACAUGUUUGAAUUAAAUAAUGUACAAAGCUGAAAUUCCUCAGCUGUGUCUUAUAAAACUUUAUUGUCCAGUUUUAAAAUGUAUGUGGAGUUUUUCUAUUGUCUACAAAAUAUUCCCUGUGAUGCAAAAAUGUA